AUUUAAAUGUCAAAUCGAAACAAAUUGAAAAUCAAGAAGAAGAGUGGUGGUGCUUCUGUGCUGUCCUACAAUUCUAAUAGAACCAAAAAGUUGUACGUCCCAAAGGAAGAACAGAUAGGAAAAAGAAUUGAGGACCUCCUAAGAAGCAAAGAGACUAAAAUCUAUACGGCUGUUUACAAUGCAAUUCUCGAAAAUUUAUCUACAAUUUAUACUCCGAAGAAAGAAAUGCUUUUGUAUAAGUUCGAUGAACUCGAAAGGGAGAGAUCAAAAAUCAUUAGAAAAUAAGAGAAAAAGGAGAGAGAAAAAGCGUCUCCUGAUGGAGAACACCAGGAAGAAAUUUACCUUGAUUGUACGAAUUUUGAAUCAAGCAGCCUUAGAGUACAGAAAUAUUUACUAUGAAGAUAAUUAUUACCGGCAGAAAAAGCUGAUUGAUAUUACAGCUGAGACGACGAAGCAAUUUAUAGCAGAAAAGAAUCCUGAGGUCUUAGAGGACCCUAAUUGGAAAUUUGAAAAAGAGCAUUAUGAUAAUCUUGACGAAGAUAACAAGAGUGUAAUAAAAAAAUAGAAUCUUAAAGCAGAUAAAAGAUUUUUAUGUUUCUCCUUACGAAGGGGAUAAAAAAUUUGCAGUCUCUUAUAUUAGCACGAUCACAAAAGAAAACUUCGGGGAAAAAGAAAUUGUUAAUAAUAUCUUCUUUUAUUUAAUCUUUGAUCUCAUCACUGAAAGCGACGACGAGGAAAUCAUUUGAAAUGUCUUUGAUUCUCUUUGCAACCUCACUCAGGAUGAAGAUACAAGAAAGAAACUGGCAAAGGAAGGAUACUAUAAGAAAGUUUAUGAGAGUGUUGACAUUUAUAAAUGAGGAAAAUAAGGUAUUAGCCAAAAUCUCUUGGAUGACCACUCUCAUAUGUUUCUAUCAAGAUAUGAUCAAAGAAAUUUUAGAUCUAAAUCUUCUAAAUAUUAUUUUGCAACUUUGAAAACCUUCUUUUGAGAGUAAGAUCAGAUCAAAUGCUGUUUUGGCACUCUCUUUACUCACAUAUCAUUCAGUAAUGUUCCACGAGCUUAUUAAUCAAGGGGUUAUUGAUCUUGUCAUGUCGUAUUGACAAGACACUGACCUUGAAGUGAAACAAUAUGCUACAUUAGCACUUGUUCAUUUUGCUCUAAACAAGCAAUCCAUCUCUAUUUUAAUCAAAAAGGGAGUGAUGGAUUUAUUCAACUCUUUUGCCAGUAUAAAUGAUGUAGAGAUUCAAACAAAUGUGUCUUGGAUUUUUCUAGCACUUUGAAAUAAUGGAAUCACUGGAGAAACAAUGCUUCAGAAUGGAAUUACUAGAGAUAUGUUCCUAGUUUCGUGAAAUCCACAAUAUAAUAAAAUUCGUCAUCUGGUCAUCACAGGAUUUGCUGAAGUGAGUGAAGGAGAGACAAACCUUGAUCCAUCCUACAAUGCAAUCAAUGACGGAGAAGAAAGCAAAGAAGGAAGUAGAAAAAGUCAAUCAAUCCAUAAAGAUAGCAGAACUGACUAUUCUAAAAGUGUAAAAGAAAAAUCUAUUGUUGGGAUGCAUAAAAAUUUUGAAGAGCAUCAAAAGGAAACAAUUAAUGUCUUACUAAAAUUCACAGUUUGAGAUAUAGAAAAAUAUCGAGUCAUUGCAUAUUGGGCUUUAAAGGAUUACAUUCUUUUAAAUUAUGAGAAUAAGCUAUGAGAGCUUGACAGUAUCAUUGAAGCCUUUAUUAUUGGCUCAACUUCUGACAACCAAGAAAUUCUUAGAGAAUGAGCCAAUUCUAUUUCUUUCUUAAUAACUCAUAAGUUAGUCUAUCUGCAGGCAGGCACAAAUGAGAAGAACAGGGGGAUUAUUGAUGCUUUAAUGAUACUAACAAAAUCAGACUCAAUGUUUAUCAGAACAAGAGCCUUCUCUACUUUAUCAACAUUGUCAACUUAUGCAUCUUCUGAUAAGCAAGUAUUGUCAAGAAUUGUUGACGAUAUGCAAAUGGAGGAAGGGCAGACAAGUGCUCAAUAUUUAAAAUUUAUUUCCAACAGAUUAGAAAUUCAAAUUAAUCAUUAUAAAUAAGAAUUUUUAUGAGAAGGGAAUUGAGAAAAAGUUUGAUGGCUUAUUUUCUCUCAUUAGUAUUGCCAAAGAACCAAACAUUCAAAUUUUCAAAGAAUGAAGCAAAAGAUGAUUAGCCUUGACUGAGGAAAAUGAGAUGGAGCUAAACCAAAUAUACUUUUUAUAUGUUUUCUCUGCCUUGACAAAUUCAAGAGAAGAGGAGGUUCUUCAAGAUCUCAUCCCAACUCUUAAUGAAGUAAGCACUUAUACAGCUGGAAGUAAAUCAAAAGUUAAUUUUGAUAUUGAUGAAAUAAUAAACCCAAGCACAGUUUUAUGGUUGUUGAAGAUUAUUGUAAAAUUCAGGGCAAAGAAGAAACUAUGAUUAAAUGCAUCCCAGACUCUACUAAAUUUAGUAUCUUCUCAUCAGAUUGCUUAUGAUUACCAAGAAGAUGCAAUUAUUUAAAAUGUUUAAUGCUGCUCUACUUUGUUUAGAAUAUGAGGGAAGCUCUGAAGAAGAAGAUAAUGAUCUUACUACUCCUAAUAAAGAAAAGAUCAAUAUAAAGCCUCCUCAAGAAAUAGAAGAGAUCAAAGAAGAGACUACUCCUAAGAGUAUGUUCCAAUCAAGAACAGAUCAAGACACUCUCAAAAGUUCAUCAAUCACAGAUGAGAGUGUGGACAAGGCUUUAGAUAAAGAACUAGGUAUACCUGAAGAUGAGGAAGGAGCUGCAAGAAAAUCAGUAACUUAUUCAAGAGUUCAUACAUCAAUAUUUAUGAACUUUGAAAGAGUAAAAUCAAAGCCUCCUUCUAAACCUACAUUUAUUAGUGAUUUGAAACAAUCUGAUUCUAAGUAAACAAUCAAGUCAUAUAGGUAUGGUUCUGGGAAGAACUGCUGGAGAUGAUCCUGAAAUGUCUCAAGACGAACUUAUGGAUGCUCAAAUAAUCAAUUGCUUGUAUAAAGCAUUCACCCAAGAUUCUUCUCACCACUUGAUGUUUAAUGAAAACCUGAUUCAAAUAGCAAUGUCUUGUCUAGAAUUCUGCCAAGACAUCUCUAUUGAUGUGAAAAGAAAAAUAGCAAGACUCAUUAGCGUAUCAACUCUUAUUCAAGAAAGAUUGAUGACCAAGGAAAUUAUAAAGGGGAUAAGCCACUUAUUAAGUCACAAAAACGAACUUGAAAUGGUUAACCAUACUAUUAAAGCAUUAUCUUAUAUGUCCAUGAACCAUGAGUUUUGAUCUUCUUCCUUGAGUAUCGAUAUUAUGAGAAAAUUGGUAGAAUUAAUUCCAAUAUUGAAAGAUAAGGAUCUUUAUAUUCUCUUGAUAACAAUUUCUAACAUAAUGAACGGAAGAGAUGACAAUAAGGAGAUGUUCUAUAACAGCGAACCUUUCCACCUUUUUGAUUUACUUGACAAAGCUCAAGCUAACAAGGAUCAUAAAGAUUUUGUGAUAGGAGUGUCUCUUAUUACAAAGGAACUAUUCAACCAUCCAAAAAUUCUUAAUGAACUGAAAUGAGAUGAAAAUAUUAAAUCAAAAAUUGAAGAUUACCUAGUCUUCCUUUUCACGAUUUCCAAGUCUUCUGAAGAUAAUAUUCCAAUCAAACACGAGAAAGGAGGAAGCAAAAAGAAUGAUAAUUCAAUUUUCAGUGAAGAAAAUCUCCCAAUCAAACUUGACGAAGUUAAAUUAGAAAAAUUCGGGCUAGAGACUGCAAUCUCAAUAUUUAUUAAGAAUGAAUGCUUUUAUUUAGUUGGAAAAUGGCUCAAAUUCUUCUGAAAUGCAGCGAAUGACCAAAUUUCAGACAUAUAUAUUGAUUUAUUCUUUUCAUUAAUUUCUGAAACUGAGUCAGAGUUGGAUGUUUACGAACUUAUGAAUUCUAUCACCAAUUCAGAUUUCAUUUCUCUAAAUACAGACUUAGAUGAAGAAGUUGAGGAUAAUGACGAUAAUCAAACUGCACAUAAACGUUUUAAAUCAAAGCCUGAUCAAGAUUUUUUGUUUUCAAAAAUAGAGAGAAUAGUGACAGCUUGAAUUUCACAUUUGGAGAACUCAUCUUCUAGCAAUCCAGAACAUAAAGCGAUCAUUAACUCUAAUCUUGAAUGGUUAUUGUCUAUUCUAUAUGAGAUUAACUUUAGCCCAGAAGUAGAAACGUUGUACAACAAAUACCAGCUAAUUCCGAGGAUUCAAUCACUUUUGGACCAACAGCUAGAUCCAUCAUUAGCAGACCCACCAUCUCCAUAAUUAUGAAAUUUAAACUGAUUCUAAAUA